ACAAAGAAGAAAGUAUUAAUCCAACAACCAGAGAAGACAGAAGAUCUGUCCAAAUUUACCAUGGAGGUACUAAUUUCCAAAUCUAUAGAUGAGCUGGCAUCUGAUGAUGUACAGUCAAUUCAGGAGGCUACUACUGGUCAGUCAGAUAACCAUCGCUGGACCGAAAUGAGGAAAGGAAGGAUAACUGCAUCAAACUUCCAUGCAGUGGACACCAAAGUUUGUUCUUAUGAAAAAAAGGUGGAAUGUGAUGUUAAGCCUCUAAUAAAAAAUAUUAUGGGAUAUACAACAGUAAACCCAAAUGUUAAGUCUCUCAAGUAUGGCAGAGAAAUGGAACCUGUUGCAAAGAAAGACUUCUUGAAGUUGUAUUGUAAACAUCAUAGGAGUGUCAUUUAUUCUGAAUGUGGACUUUUUGUAGAUAAAAGGCAUCCUUUUCUUGGAGCCAGUCCAGAUUUGCUUCUGUCAUGCUCCUGUUGUGGAGAAGGGUUGCUGGAGAUCAAGUGUCCAAUGGUGAAAAAGUGUGAAGUUUGUUCAUCAUUUUGUACAUGUAAUUUACCCAAUUGUCUUACCAAAACAAACCCUCCCACUUUAAAGAAACUGGGUUACUAUGCUCAGAUUCAGGGGCAAAUGGCAUUAACAAACAGAAAAUGGUGUGUAUUUUUUGUUUAUACAUGUAAUGGAUCACACAACAAAUUCUUGCUGACAUGAUAGAAGUUGAUGUCAAUACUUCAAUAUGAAGACAGUAACUAAAUGUUUUCAAUUGUGUUAACAAAAAAUGAAAUGUCAAAACUGUCAACAACACUGCGGAACCAUGAACAAACAUGCUAUUUACCAUAAUGUUUCAAACUGGAACUGAAAAAUACCAUUUUACAAGAAGAUGUACAAAGAUUUUAUACAUGUACGUGAUUGUGACAAAUUAUUAAA